CCGUUUGGCUGCCUUUCUCUAGCAGCGAGCCGUCUCCGCGAUCCAGCCCGGCUGCCCCUUCUGGUCCACUUUUAACGGGAUUUAGCCGUCUCUCCCUCCGCGUUCUCGCCGCGCGCCGCUCCCCGGGGAUUCGAGGCGGCACAGCGUCCGGUCGCAGGGCCGUUAUAACGGUUUUCUGGGGGUUAAAGCGGCGCUCGAAAAACAGCGGGUUGGAGGAGGAGGAGGAGGAGGAGGAGGAGGAGAUUCCGUAUUAGGAGCAGGGAGAAGAGGCACCCCUUGUGUGAUUUCAGACCCCUCCGGUACUGAGCCUCUGGAACAAGGCCCUGACUGAACCUACCAGUGGUGAAAUCAGACCUGUAACUGUGGCCAGGGGUGUGUGUGCUGACCUCAUGGUGAAACAGGAGUAGUAAAGAUGAGCAUUAGCAGUGAUGAGGUCAAUUUCCUGGUCUACAGAUACCUACAGGAGUCAGGGUUUUCCCACUCAGCGUUUACCUUUGGCAUAGAAAGCCACAUCAGCCAGUCCAACAUCAAUGGUGCACUAGUGCCCCCUGCUGCACUUAUCAGUAUCAUACAGAAGGGCCUGCAGUACGUUGAGGCUGAAGUCAGCAUCAAUGAGGACGGCACAUUAUUUGACGGGCGGCCCAUCGAGUCUCUGUCCCUGAUUGACGCUGUGAUGCCAGACGUGGUACAGACACGGCAGCAGGCUUACCGAGACAAAAUGGCCCAGCAGCAGGCUGCCGCCGCAACGCCAGCCUCGGCCACUGGAGGCAGCAUUGCUGGCAACGCCAAGAACGGAGAGAACACUGCCAACGGGGAGGAGAAUGGAGCGCAUGCCUUACCUAACAACCACGCAGACCUGAUGGAAGUGGACGGAGACGUGGAGAUCCCUCAGAACAAGGCCAUGGUUCUGAGGGGGCACGAGUCCGAGGUCUUCAUCUGUGCGUGGAACCCUGUCAGCGAUCUGCUCGCCUCUGGGUCAGGAGACUCCACAGCUCGUAUCUGGAACCUGAGUGAAAACAGUACGAGCAGCUCCACACAACUGGUCCUUAGACACUGCAUACGAGAAGGGGGGCAGGACGUCCCCAGCAACAAAGAUGUCACCUCGCUAGACUGGAAUAGCGAGGGCACGCUGCUAGCAACAGGAUCAUAUGACGGCUUUGCUAGGAUAUGGACAAAAGACGGUAACCUGGCCAGCACUCUUGGCCAACAUAAAGGACCUAUCUUUGCCCUCAAAUGGAAUAAGAAAGGCAAUUUCAUCCUCAGUGCAGGAGUAGACAAGACAACAAUCAUAUGGGACGCUCAUACAGGAGAAGCCAAACAGCAGUUUCCCUUCCAUUCAGCUCCAGCCCUAGAUGUGGAUUGGCAGAGCAACAACACAUUUGCCUCCUGCAGUACAGACAUGUGUAUCCAUGUCUGUAAACUGGGACAGGACAGACCCAUCAAGACAUUCCAGGGACACACAAAUGAAGUAAAUGCAAUCAAAUGGGACCCCACCGGGAACCUGCUAGCCUCCUGUUCAGACGACAUGACACUGAAGAUCUGGAGUAUGAAACAGGAUUCAUGUGUCCAUGACCUGCAGGCCCAUAGUAAGGAGAUCUACACCAUCAAGUGGAGCCCCACUGGCCCAGGAACCAACAACCCUAGCGCUAACCUCAUGCUAGCCAGUGCAUCGUUUGACUCCACGGUUCGUCUAUGGGACGUGGAGCGGGGUAUCUGUAUCCACACACUGACCAAGCACCAGGAGCCAGUCUACAGUGUGGCUUUCAGCCCAGAUGGGAGGCACCUGGCCAGCGGCUCCUUCGACAAGUGUGUCCACAUCUGGAACACGCAGACGGGUGCACUAGUCCACAGUUACAGGGGGACGGGGGGAAUCUUUGAGGUGUGCUGGAAUGCAGCAGGUGACAAAGUGGGAGCCAGUGCGUCAGAUGGAUCUGUGUGUGUAUUAGACCUUCGGAAAUAGUGCUGCUGCUUGUUGGAAGCCAUGGACCGACCAUGAAUGUGUACAUAGCCAAAUGACUGUCCCUGCCUGCCCCGUGUACUGCUCACAACCAUGGCCCCGCCCACCGACAGACAGGAAGCAGAAAGCAGGGAACAGGAACAGGAAGCAAGCACCCGACACAGCAGGUCCAGACAGUGAUGGAUGGAUAAAUGGAUGGAUCGACAGACAAGCAGAUGGAUAGAUGUAAGGAUGGAAGCGCCCUUCUUUCUUGAUCUGUGCAGAGACUCUAACAGAGACGUAGGAAUGACGCAGUCAAAAAAGAAAACUAUAAAAAGACAAAAAAAAUACAGAUCCGUAUAUGUACCAAAUUUUGGAAGCUAUUUUGCUUUUUUGAUCUUUACACCAUGCUCAUCAUCGUCAUCAACAAAACAAAAAAACAUUGAAAAAAAAUGAUCUUUGUUAGUAGUUGGAUCUCAAUGUGCAGACAUAUCAACUUCUCCACCAUGCAACAGGACAGCAGUUAGUUUGUUUUUUAAAUUUCAGAUUUAUUAUUUCCGUGUUUUUAUAUUUUUUAAUCUUAGGUCGGGGGUGGGGCUGGCUUGGGUCUGAUAAGACUUGCAUUACGUGGAGAAGUAUACAUACUCACCUGUGCACACACUCAAGUACACACACAUGCACACAGCAAACAUUUCUCACAAACUUGAUAGUAUCCUCAUUGUUGUUUUGAACCAAUGUGGCAACCCUUAUAGAAGUUUUUUUUUAUUUUUUUUCCCAUAUUUUUCAAUAGUUGUUUGAACAGCUGUUCUGGGUUGUAAGGUUAACAUCUAAAUGCAGUAGUUGAUGUGUUAUCUUCUCCAGGGGACAUGCGAUGGGUUUUCCUGGUAAACCCACCAGGGCACAUGAGACAGAUUAUGCAUUGUACAUCUAGAGGCUUUAAAAAACAUUCUCUAAAAGAAUGCUUCCGUUGUACACUCAGUGAUGGAUCUAUAAGUUUUUAUUUUCACCAACAGUUCCCCUCUCUGGACAGGCAGGGCUGCUGUAGCAGUCCUCUGUCUUGAUUGGCAAAAGGGCAUAUGACCAAGGAGCGAAUUGACUCAUGGAUGAAACUCCCCUUUUUUGUGACUGAACGGGACUGCUCUGUGGUUUGGGUAAAGAGAACAUUUAGUUAAAUCACAAACGAGUCUAGCCACUAAACACUUGACUAAUUGGCCAAGUUUCGGUACAAAUUGAACAACUGUAAUUGGUUAAUGCCUUGUUAUGUUUUGGUUUAAACUCAGACAUGCCGGCAUGCAUGACUGGCUAGCUGAACAGCAUUGCUAGCUAAGCAGCAGAGGCACCAUUUGAUGGUCAGUGGGUACAGGAGGCUGGUAGAAGUUCUAGGGAACCACUCAGCCACACGACAACUCGUGUUUAAAAUGUACUUUUUAGUUCCAUAUAGGUUUAUGGGAGAGCACGGAUCGGUUAAGUUGCCAAGCUGAAGUGCUUUGUCUGGGAUCGGACUGUAAAUUGGAGCAAACGCAAAAGAAACGGUUAGUUCAGGCCUGUUGGGUUUUGAUCCAGUGUGACGUCUCUCGGUUUUACAUGCACAUCUGUCUGCUGUUCAGGCCGUCAAACCUAGCAGUAACUGGUUAAACAUCAACGGCUCAUCUUAUCGGAAGAAUUUAUUAACACUUCCAUUUUAAGAUCCAUUCUAGGUAUUGUGCUAAUGUCAUUUUUCUUUUACCCUAAAAAAAAACCCCAAGGCAAAGCCAUCUUGAAUUUUGCUGGACGGUUUGGUGUCAGGUGGCAUCAGUGUAAGCCAUUAGCACUUCUAGGCGAGACGUGAGCGGUGCGUAGGGUUCUGUCAUCCAAUCCACGCUGACUCCGUCUUCCGUAAACGCCUACCCAACCGGAUGUUGACGACUGUUCUGGGAAGUACAAACCGCUAGCAUUGAAAGCGUCGUAGAAAAUGAGUAAAGUUUUGUUUAUUCUUGCUAUAUAACUGUUAAAUAUACACACUUGUUUGUAUUCCAAGGGAUUUCUGGAGUCAUAAAGCACAGGAUAUUUCUCUACCUCCACAGACGCACAUCGUCCAUCUUGCUUGCCCGAUAUCAGAUAGAACUGUCACCUCGGUCACGCACGCACGAAUGCAGGCAAAUGCCGGGGCGAAAUUCGUAUCCUCUCGUGCUGAAUGUGGCCAGUGCAGGAUGUGACGCACCCGGAAAUCCGUUUGCUGGUUUGAAGUCCGUUUUGAGUGGUUUUGCGGCGGGAAAUUGUACACUGAAGUCCGGAGAAAGAUAAAUAAAUGUUUUCACUUAAUUGUCUCACUUGUACAUGUUAUCAUAGUGUCAUGGACAAAUAUGGAGGAAGAACACUGGUGUACAAGUUACUUGCUUAGCCAAGUUAAGAUCGCUAACAAAUACCGUGAAAUAUGAAUUGAUGCUGUUAGUACAUGUUCCAUUUAUUUACGCUCAGCGCAUGUCUCACUGCCAGCCAGGCGGCGUCGCUGUUGCGAGGCAGUCUGUAGUUUUCAUGGGCAAUGUCGUACAAUACAGGCUGGUUAGACGCAGCAAUAACCAGUCCCCCCCCCCCCCCCUUCCCGGCUCACCAACAAAACUACAGACAAGCGGGGUCAACCACACACCCUUCUUUGCUGUUGGUCGCGGCUGAGGAUUCGGCGGUCAAAGUUGAAUUCCGCGCGAAGCGACGAUGCGACUUUCCUUCGCCACCGGAAGCUCGUUGCUUGCAUAAAUGGAAGUGAGCGGGAGGCGAAUAUUCGUCAGUAUUAAUUGCGUGCAUGUGUACCGCUUGACGUUGCCUCUGAUUUCCGUGGGGGGGGGGGGCGGGUUCGACUCCCCCCUAACCAAUGACUGGACACCAACAUGUCCGCCUGACUACAGCGGCAUUUAUAGUCGACGCUGAUGCGUAGCCAUGCCAACAUGCUGGACUUGCCGGGCUUUCAAAGGUGGAGCAGAGCGAGGUAAUAAUACUAGUGUAACGUGCACGGAUAAGAAGACACGCUGGCCGCUGGCCGCUGGGUCUGACCCUUUAUCUAGCGGUUAGCGAUGCCUCCUGCGGUGCGGGCGAUGCGGGUUCGCGUCCCGGCCGCGGCAGUUCCUGUGGUUGCGUUGUCCCCCUGAAUUCGCUACCAUAUUUAGAAGACACGCUGAGGCCAUUAAGUGACCGUUCCCAAGAUGUCGGGGUAAUUCGCCCACAUAGACCCGGUGUCUAGUCUGGGAAGCUCUGUGUCAAAAUGUUUUCGACUACAUGGUCGGCGUUGAGGAGUCGCAAAUUGACAAAAGCGUGAAUACGGUCGGUCCUACGACCCGUGGCGCUGAUUGACUUCACUCCACGUCACGACGCCAGACCGGAAUCAGUCACCUCGGUGGCGUGGGCGGAUCCAAAGGCCUGGAACCAGGCAACCGUCUUGCUUGAUAGGGGGAUACAUGCGGUUUUCGCGCCGCUGAUUCGCCCAUAUCGGAGGAAAACCAAAAAAAUAAUGUAUUGUUUCACUUAUCUUACUUCCCAUUCCUACUUGGUGAAAAGCCCGAAAGUGUGCGGUGAAGCGGAGGGACAUCACAGAUGAUCGUGUCCAUAGGUUCACAAAAUGGCUGAAAAUAGGAGAUUUGUGUAAUUGAAACAGCCGUCUUUGGAGAUUAAGCUUCACUAAACGCGUCAAAAACGGACUCGAAGCGUAAAAAAAACGCACGCGCGCGGGGCACGGGGGCGGGGCGCGCUCACGGAGUCAGUGUGGGUUGAUACAUGUAAUAGAAUUGGAAGCGCAUCUGUUCCGAGAGACGCCCAAGUGAUGGACGCCAAAACCGCUUUCCAUGUGGGCUGGCCGUCGGGCCGACUGUGCAUGGAAACUGUUCGUUUCCUUGUCAGUGAGCUGAUGAUUAUGAUGUUUCUGGAAAGGCCGCCUUAAAACAGGCCCGAGCGAGACACGUCAGAUUCUCCCCAUUUCAACAGGUGCCACAAGGUCAAAAGAACUGCGUUCAGAAAGCAUGAACAUCAGAUAUCCACAAGUCCCGUGGAAACGCAGCUGAAGAGAAUCUUGGCACCAAGAUUGUAUUUGUUGUGUUGACUUAUGAUGGGUGAUUGUUAAUCAAACAGCUCCGGAGCAGAUCCAACAUUAACACAAUACCUUGACAUUUUGAAUUUUGUUGAUAUUUUCCAAUACCAGGCACUUGUCACACAGCGGCAUGAAAAUACCUUGGCUGAAAAAUCGGUUGGUCGAGCAUUACUUGAAGUCUUAAUUGAAACCAAUAAAUCAUAACACUUAGAGCUAAUUACUUGCCUACAGCUCUACUGACUGGCAACACCCACCAAGAGGGGAUGUUAACAGGCCUGCCAGACCAUUCUUUGUGACAAGGUCCUGAUGAAGAAAAGCAGACAAAAACGGAGAAUGUCCACACGGUCUCUCCAGUUCAUCCUUGGUCCUGCUCACCACCUGAAUUCUGCUCAUAUUUUAUUACGAUGUUCCCUAAUGACCGGACAUUUUAUACUCUUUUAAAGAAAGAUUUAAAAGUUCAACUUUUUUGUAAUUUCUUCUAAGAUUAAAAAGGAAAAAAAGAAAAACUGUCAACUGAUGACGAUUCAUUGGCUUUGAUAAUUUACAGCAUGUUCUUUACGUUGACUGAUUGUUUCUCUGAUGCUUCAGUGCAGAGUAAAGAUUGACUCUGUAAUCUUAGACUGGACGUACUCGGCUGUGUUGUGGUAAAGUCAUCACCGGUCCUCAGGUGUGUUUGAAGCAAAUUGCCACGAAUGCUUCCCUUCACACAGGGUCUGGGCUCGCUAAUGACUCAACACUGAAUUCGAAGAGAACACCUCUCUAAAGAUUACGUUAAACUAACUUUCCCAGCGAGCCUAGACGGUGUGUAGGGAAGUUCCUUCUCAUGUCUUUUUCAGGACGUUUUAAGGCCCAUGACACCUGUAUUCAACUAUGAAUUUCCAGAUGUUUCCGCUCCCGUCCCUCAUAAUCGCUGUUCAUUUUUCAUAGCUUUUGUUAAGUUGCCCGGGCACCAUCCCUGAAUCAAAAGCACUUGAGUCGACAGUUUUAGGAGACAUUAGCCGAGAUCUUCUUCAGACACUGCAUGCACACAGCGAAGAGAAAUAUCCUGUUUUUAGCUCCUAGUGGGCAACAGAUGUGAGGCCUUCGUGGCUGUUAGAGAUACCUUCCUGUAUGAAGUGAGCCCUAAAAAGCAUCAGAUCUGUGACACAAAGAGUUAAAAGCUGUUUAAAAGGCCAAAGCUGCUGGUGAUAGAACAAUACAAGAUUACCGAGUCAACCUUAAUCUGUGUCCCCUCGACUCAAAGCAUCGUGUCAGCCCAGCAACAUCUCCGACGGGGUCAGAGCCUGUUUUUCGUUUUAAUUUCUUUUCUUUUUGCAAGAUACUCUUGCAUCACAACAUCGAUCUGUUGUCAUUUCAAUCAGAUCAGUGAAAAAAAAAAGUCCAGAAUAAAAUAUAUUUUG